AUGCCUUCCAAAGUAUCAAACAUGGUGACACUGGCUAUUUUGGCGAGCUUAAUAUUCUCAAAAGCUUUUGUACAGGCUUCAGAGAGAAGUACCGACCAUGUUACAGCAGCCUCGGCGGCUUUGCCGUCAACCUCGACGGGCAGCGUGACACACACCAUCCAAGUCGGAUCCAAAUCCAGUCCGCACGCUUACGUCCCGCAUAGUCUGUCGGCCAACCCGGGCGACAUCGUUGUCUUUGAAUUUUACCCGACAAAUCACUCCGUGGUGAAGGCAGACUUUGGAGCACCAUGUGUCCCGGCAAGCGAUGGUGUCUUCUUCUCUGGCAUGUUCGACAGCUUCAACCUCAAAGAUGGACAACUUGCAGGUCCACCGCCUACUUGGUCUUUGAUGAUUAAUGAUACUCAACCAAUCUUUUUUUACUGUACGGCCAUCGGCUCAUGCUUGGAGAACGGGAUGGUGGGCGCCAUCAAUCCCAAUUCAACGCAAACGUAUGAGACCCAGUACGAGAAAGCCCUCAAAUAUUCAUAUAUGCUGGUUCCGGGUCAGUCAAUGCCGGCUGAAGGAAGCGAGUCAUUGCCCAGCAAUUCGACAACAACAACAUCAGCAGCAGCAGGAGGCAGCGGCGAUUCAUCCGGCAAUGUGUCUCCUGAUAUAAGUGCGAGCGGAAACAAAGGAUUGAGCGGAGGAGUCAUUGCAGGGAUUGUCAUCGCAGCCGUGUGUUUUGUUGCGAUUUUGGUGAUACUGUUCUUUGUUCUGGGCCGCAACCGCGUCUACUCCCAGUGGAUGUCAUCGCAGGACGGGCGAACCGAGCGCACCGCCCGAUGGGCAAUGGGCAACAGCUUUGGCGCUCCAAAGAGUGAAGUCGAAUCCAAUACUACAAAGCCAUCAGGUACGGACAUGAAGUCGGUUGGGAUGCCUGAUGCCACGAACCAGUGUUAUCCGGCCCCAGGAUCAAUGUCUGGCGAUGCAGGAUCCGGGACUUAUCAACAUCCCAACUCGUGGAAUUGGAAUGGACAGCCGGCUUCGGUCUAUCUUGGCCAAAAAAAGGAAGGCAUUCCUGAAGCCCAGAAGAAGGCACUGCGAGCCUGGCACCGCGCUCAAGAAAAACGACCUACUCACGCAGCUUCUCGCGAGUGGUUUGAGCGCACAUUCAAUCGACGGCUUCCGCCGUCAACACUGUCACUGAUCUUAUCUUCCAAAUAUGCGUAUUUGGAUCUCGGCUCGGCGGCCAAGACCCAGCGGCAGCAACCUCCCCAGUGGCCAAUUCUGGAGGCGCGUCUGACGGAAUGGCUCAAAAGGGCUCGCGAAACGGGUGAAGUGGCCACGGGAUGCGAUUUGCAACAAGGCUCUCAAGGCUGGCUUUAUAAAUUCCGCCAGCGCUUUGAGAAGACUCUGGCCCAAGGACCGCAAAAUGAUGCCGCACCGGUGGUGCCUGCCAAUACUCGGCGGGAGCUGCAAGCCUUGCGCACUUUUGCGGGGGAAUUCGCCGAAGAGAACAUCUACAAUAUGGAUGAAACAGGCCUCAUGUGGCGCAAAGCUCCAUUUGACUCACUCAUAAGCUUGCCCAAUGAGCCCCGGAAAGAUCGGGCGCGGGUCUGUUUGAUUCUCUGCACUAAUGCCACGGGGGCUGAUCGAAUCCCACUCUGGGCAAUCGGUCAUAAGGCAAUGCCCGAAGCUCUUCGAACGGCCAACCUCAAGGCCAUGGAAUGUGAAUGGCGACAUAAUAGAAAAGCCUGGGUGGACAUUCAUAUCAUGUCCCAAUGGCUGCUCAUGUUUUACCAACACGUCGGUAGUGAACGACGGGUUUUGUUGCUGCUGGACGACAAACCCACUCACACAGCCGCGAUGGAAGCAACACCUCCGCCGAGCAACGUGCACGUUCAGUAUUUUCCGAUGAAUAGCUCAAGCUUGAAUGGACGUCAGCCCUUGCGACUGGGAAUCACUCAGCAUCUAAAGCACCAUUAUCGAAAGCAAUUCUUAAGCUACAUGCUUGCCACCUUCAAAUUAGGCCAGAGACCCCUCGAGACCAUCGGUAUGUAUCACACGCUCUCUUGGAUCACUCGUGUCUGGCGACAUGAUGUCCCUCAUGCGACAAUCUACAGAGGAUUUCGCAAGUGCUCACUCAUCGAACCUCAAACCGACUAUUUGCGUGCGGUCAGGUUACCAGACAUGACGCAACUGUACGAAAAGGUCAUUGCAUAUAACCAAAGCGGUCAUUCUAUCCAGCAACUCGAGGAAUGGCUCAAUCCCGGCGAGGAAGAGAUUGCCGAUGAGAUGGACGAGAAUCUUUGGCGCGACCCCAGCAUUGAUACGUCUGUACUUGAUGAAUCCAUCAAUCCACUUCCACCGCAGGAGUUGAUUCCAUCCCCGGAGGAUGCCCUUGCAGGCCUCCGAACGGCGAUCCGUUGGAUGCUCAAUCAGCCAGCGACUACGGUGGAUCAGAUCAAAUCGCUGGAGGCAGUGGAAAAGGUUAUGGAGCGAAAGAUUCAAAUGGACGCUCACCAAGAGCAGCAAUAUCCUUUCAAUGGGAAUACGACCCAAGAAUCAGCACAAACAGCCGUUCAAGCAUCCGCCUCUCAGCCACAGGUCGAAUCAUAUAGUCAACCAGUCACUCGCACACAAUCCCAAAGUUGGAAUCAUCCAAUAGAUCUCGCUAUCACCGAUCCACCCACACAAUCCUGGCACCCACCAACACGACCAGCCUCCCAGGCACCACCUCUUCCGCCAGGUCAACAACGUCUCCCAUCAUCCGGCCUCCAUACCAACCAAGCUAUUCAUCCGAAUCAUCCGCCACAACGCUUCCCAGUCUCAAGAUACUCCUAUCCACAUUCGACUUAUGCGUCCAAAGCGGUGGCCCCGCCGCCCGCACUAGGUCCCAAUAUGCCGCGUGCAACUCGUACCAUGAUCAGACCUUCAGCCCAAGGCCCGAUCCAUAUUCAAUCUGCAACUUCAUCCGAGGCAUCGACACCAUUAGAGACUAGGGAAACAUUGGGUGAUCAGAGGAGUGGGCAGUCUGAGGAGGGAUCGUAUCAGCCGUCGGAUGACGAAGUCUCAGACGCAGAAAUGACAUGA